UUGCUGCUGCCGUUGCUGCGUGCCAUUGACUUGCAGCAACUGAUAAUAGACUUGUUUUGUAAUACUCUUUUUAUUUUAGUCAAGUUACAAUGAGUGCAAUAACGAAUCUGUUGAAAGCUGUCAAAGUUGAUCAAUCAAUAGUCUUGUCAAUGCAAUUACAUUCUAAGCAUGAAAAUAAAUUCGCGAGAUAAAUCUUCGAGUAUAAAUAGGCUUAAAGUAUAAAAUACCAUUUUUACGCAAUUAAAAGUAUGACUUUAAUUAAAUAAAAUUAAAUUUGAGUGCAUAAUCAGACUGUUUUCUGUCGUACAGUAUUGUUGCUUCAAUACAAAAUGACGCGUCUAAAAGGACGAACUUCCAUGACCAUCAUCUUGAUGUUUCUGCUUGCAUUAUUGAUAGUUGUUUAUCAUUUACUAAGCAAUGAAAUUGAUGACACAUCUCUCAAAACUCACUCGUAUGCAAGAUUUGAGGAAAGUUACACUGGUGAUCCUCGCUCAUUAAAAAUGAUGAGUGGUUUGAAGUCUGGAAGACGACAAGAAGAUUACAAUGGUGAUGUUGAUAAAGGUUCAUACGAAAGAGAUUCACUCUUCAAAGGGCAUAAAAUUGUUCAUUUAGAUUUAAAAGGAGCUCCACCUGUGAUUAACUAUUAUAAAUACCUCUUGCCAACGAUAAAAAAGUUGGGGGCAACUGCAAUACUUUUAGAAUAUGAGGAUAUGUUUCCUUUCCAUGGAGAUUUAGAUGGUAUAAGUGCAAAAAAUUCAUAUUCGAAAAAUGAAAUCAAGCAAAUCCAAGAAAUUGCCAAAGAAAAUAAUUUAAUGAUCAUUCCUUUGAUACAAACCUUUGGUCACUUAGAGUUUGUUUUGAAAUUAAAGAAAUACAUAGAAUACAGAGAGGUGUCACGCUAUCCGCAAGUUAUAUGCCCUACUUUCAACAAGACUGUAAGUCUUCUGCAUAAUAUGAUAGAUCAAGUUAUUGGAUUGCAUCCAGGUCUUAAAUAUUUGCAUAUUGGAGCUGAUGAAGUUUAUCAGAUAGGUGAAUGUAAUAGAUGUUUGCAAACAAUGUCCAAGUUUCAAUGGUCAAAGAGGCAAUUGUUUCUGAAGCAUGUGCACGAUGUGGCUUCUUACAUUAAAGAUAAAUAUCCUCACAUUACUAUUCUUAUGUGGGAUGAUGAGUUCAGAGAUAUAGAUCCUCAAGAAAUCAUUAAUAGUGGUUUAAACAGAUUAGUUGAACCAGUUAUUUGGAAAUAUACUACUGACCCUGGUUCAGCUUUGUCUGAUCAAUUGUGGGAAAACUAUUCCAAAGUCUGGAGAUCAGUAUGGGUAGCAACAGCUUUUAAAGGAGCAACAUCCCCUGACAGAUACUACACAGAUAUACUUUACCACAUGGAAAAUCAUCAAAGAUGGCUGGAAAUAAUUGUGCGUCAGUCAAAAAUAAUCAAUUUUCGAGGAGUGAUUUUAACUGGUUGGCAGAGAUAUGACCAUUUUAGUGUUUUAUGUGAACUUUUACCAUCAGCGUUACCAUCAUUAGCAAUAAACUUGAUGAUUCUGCAAACUUCAGAUUAUAAUAUUUUACCCAUUGAAGUACCUAGAAAAGUAAUGGAAAUUUUGAAUUGUAAUGGUAUAAUUACAUUGAGUCUUCCAGAACCACAAUAUGGAUGGACAAAAUGCAACUACUUUGGAUCUUCCAUUUACUCUGCUACCCUUCGUUUACACUCUUUAACUCAAGAAAUUACAAGAAUGGAACAAGACAGCACUUACAGAGGAUGGCUCAAACCAUACAACAUAAAGUACAGGUUUUCCAAUCCGAGCCACGUUGAAAGAGCAGUUUCUGAAUUGGACAGGUAUAAAAUGGAAAUUGUUUACAUUGAAAAGGAAAUGAAAAGUGCUACUGAAGGAAUAUUCAACAACUACACAGUUCAAGAAUGGUUGGAAACCUACUUAUAUCCUUUAAAUGAUAAAAUCAUUGAGUUGUGGAAUGCUAAAGAAAAAAUAUUAGAAAGAGAUUCAUGGCCUCGAAGGCCAUUGUCUGAACCGCCAAAAGAUUAAUUAAUGAGAUUUUUUUUAUAAAACUUGACCGAAAAAGAUUGUGUUCAUGAAACAUAAAAGUAUUUAUAUUGGCUAUUAUUAGGUUGUUUUUUGUUUUGUAGAAAUAACUCUAUAAUUCUAUCUAGUUAUAAAAAAUACUCAAAAUAUUGUACAGAAUGUGUCUGCCUGUAUGUCGAUAAAACGAAAAAUUAAUUAUUAUAAAAAGAAAUUUGAUUUUCAUGUAAAAUAAACUCAUCAUUCAUUGCUUAUUAAGUGAGCAGUAAUCGUACUUUGAUGGUAAACAAAGGUAGUAUCUUUCAUUGUUGUAUUCUAAACACAAGAAUCAUGUAAAAUGAAAAUUAGCGUAGCUUUGUGACGAUAAAAUA